UCCUUGCUGAUAUAAUGCAUUUCUUGGCUAUAUUUGUACUCCUGGCAACUGCUGCUUUCAGUGCAGUUACAUCCAAUGAAGAGUCACCUUCACUGGUUACUGAAGAGAAAGUUAAUGGCACUCUUGUCAGAUUAGUAUAUCUUCAGAUUUUACGUGGUAGAGAUGGUCGUGAUGGAGUACCAGGAAGAGAUGGGGUGAAAGGAGAGAGAGGAGAUAAGGGAGAGAAAGGAGAGAAAGGUGAAACUGGACCAGUUGGACCACCUGGUCCUAAGUGUGGAGGAGUAGUGUACACUCGUUGGGGAAGGAAGUCCUGCCCUACUGGAGCUGAACUGCUGUAUGAGGGAAUAACUGGAGGAGAAAGAUAUACUAGUCCUGGAGGUGGUGCCAACUAUGUCUGCUUGCACAAGGAUCCUCAAUACUUAAGUUCUCAUUCUCCAGCUAAUUAUGGUAGUUUCAUGUAUGGUACUGAAUAUGAAUGGGUUCAUGGUACCUUUACUGGAAAAAAUAACCACGAUGUCCCUUGUGCAGUAUGCUAUACAUCUACUAAGAGU